ACAUCGUGACCCGGAAGUAAAACCUCGCAAUUCUUUCUCUUCCGCUGUGGUCAUUGUUAGUCGCCAUCAUGAAGUUCAACAAGAUGGUAACCUCCUCAAGGAGGAAAAACCGCAAGCGAUACUUCAAUGCUCCAUCUCACAUCCGUAGAAAACUGAUGAGCUCUCCACUCUCCAAGGAGUUGCGACAGAAGUACAAUGUCCGCAGCAUGCCUGUCAGGAAAGACGAUGAAGUUCAGGUUGUCCGAGGACACUUCAAAGGCCAACAGGUCGGAAAGAUUGUCCAGGUUUACCGUAAGAAGUUCGUCAUUCACAUUGAAAGAAUCCAGAGGGACAAGGCAAAUGGUGCGACAGUUAAUGUUGGCAUUCACCCUUCAAAGGUGGUCAUUGUAAAAUUGAAGCUCGACAAGGACAGAAAACGCAUCCUGGAUCGCAAGGCCAAGUCCAGGGCUUCUGCCGACAAGGGCAAACAUACAGAGGAAUCCAUCAUGGAAACAUCAUAAAUUUUCUGUAAUAUUAUAUGUAAAAGAAAAAAAAUGUACAAAGUCAAA